AUGAGGACGCCCAACUUGCUCGCUCAUGGGUCUAGCACCAUUCACGAGCACUGGUCGUCAGCCUUGGGCCAAGACGAUAGAACCAUCCAAGCGCUGAAGAAUCGUUGGUCCAUUGUCAGCAGAUCUGCACAAAACUUCAGCGGGUACGUGGCGCAAGCAAAGUCACGCAGAGCGAGUGGCAACACAGACGAAGACGUAAUGCAGGCAGCACUGGCACUAUUUCUCUCUUUGGAGCACGAGGUCUUUCAACAAGAGGCGGCAUGGAGGACAUUGUCGGCGUGCCCAAAGUGGCAGGUGUUGCCUACAGCCAAGUCGUCGGCAAUCAAGAAGGCUGUGGAUGAUGAAGACCAAGAGACCUCAGAAGAAACGUGUGUUGAAGAUACACGCCGUCCAAUGGGUACCAAACAGGCCAAACGGAAGUCGCUCGAGCACGUUGAUAUGACAAAGAAGCUAGACGAGCUCGUGCAAGCCCAAAACAACAAGAACAAGUUGUUUUCAGAUUACAUGUUGAUGCAAAUGUUGACAGCGUCUUCCGAACCGGACGAUUUACAGGCGCUGAACCAAUUGAAGUCGGAUUACAUGGCAAAGCGCUUUCGAUCGUGUGAUAACUAG